GAACAAAAAGCGUAUGAAAAUGGCAAAAUCAAAGCGGGCAUCGCACUAUUGUCUGAAUUCGAUUCUCUCUACCCGGAAUGAGAAUUGCGAUCAAGACUGAACUUUUGAGACGAAUCUCGUCUUGUUUCUUCAUAUCAUCUGGUGUUCUAGGGUUUCUGUUUUGCCAUUCCUGCUCUCUUAACCCCUGCAGAAAGUUUCUUGGGAGUGAUCUGAAGAUCUGAAGAAACAUUCUCGUUUCUUCUUCCUUUCAAUCUCCGCCUCCUCCUCAAGAAAGAUUCAAUCUUGUUACUUAAUUGCAUCGAUGGGGCUUCAAGUUCUGUGGAGCUUCACGCUGGUUUGUCUUGAUAUCCAUGCAUUGCGGUUGAAAAAAGAUAUGCAAAAUCAUGUGUUGGUGAGCCUGUUCGUUGUCGGUGACUGGGUGACGGUCACCCUAUCACUUUCAGCGGCAUGUGCAUCAGCAGGAGUGGCCAUCUUGUUCGACAGGGACACAGUGAUCUGCAGGAGGAUGGAGAAGAUGUCGUGCUCCAUGUUCCAAAUAUCAAUCGCUAUGGCAUUCAUCUCCUGGUUCCUCCUUGCCGUCUCUUCCCAUGUCACCUUCUUCCUUCUUGUCGCCUUUGCUGCAUCCCAGCAAUAGAAUGCAAAUGCAAUACACUCACUCUCUGAUGAUCAUCAUAUUCUUGACUUCCCUUGUGAAUAAUAGAGUAAUUUAUAUUUUAUACUACUGGUUUUGGGUGCCCUUGUAAUUGACACUAUUAUACACUUUCUACUGAGUUUUUUUUUGUUCUAUGAAGCUUUUUGAUCCCUUGUCAUGGCUGAUCUGGGCUGGAGUAACACUUGAAUAUUAACACUAUGUUUGGUUCAAGGAAUUUGAAAGGGAAAAGAAAAUGAUAAAUAACUUUUCUUGUUUGGU